UUUUUUUUAUUUAUUUAUUUUUUUUUUUGUUUAAUGUGCUACAAAAAACCUUUGCAAGUGUUAUGAAAUAACCUUUCCUUUUCCUUUUACAUUUUGAAGAGAAAGGAAAUUCACAUACAAGUCAUGGCUAGAACUCUUAAACGAAUCCAGCUUUGAAUACAAGAUUUAAUAAAGAGAAAAAAAAAAACAAAAGACUUUUAAAAAAAUUUUUUUUAAAGAAAAAAAAAAUAAACAUCAGAAGUACUUUUAGUGUUACGUAUAUUGCAAUUAUCUUUAAAUAAAAAGUUUAUUAUUCACCACACCUUGCAUACGUUCACUCUAUGUUGUUACACCCCGCCGUACUUACUUGUUUUCUACUUUCUACUGUGUAAAGACCAUUAUCCGGAAAUUUCACCAUUAUUUCAUGUGUUAGUAGCGUUUCCACCAUACGUCAUUCCUUCUCUUAUGUUUUUUUUUUUUUUUCCUUUUUGUUGCUAUUGUUUUUAUGCACUAAAUAGUAGCAGCAGCAGUAGCAAGUGUAGUGGGAGCAAGUGAUACUUAACAUUGUUGUUAGUCUUUUGUUUCGCUUGCUGCUGCUGUGAUUGUUAUUAUUGCUAGUACGCUUCAAGCAGUGUUACGAAUAAUUCAUAUUUUCUAGUACAACGACCCAUUUUUACCCCGUUUUAAAUGUCAUUGUAACGGUGCUGCUAUUUCGCUUUUUUUCUAUUAUUUUUCGUUUUCUCUUGUGCUGGCCUUUAUUGAAAAGUAAUUUUAAAUCAUUGUUAAUCUGGAUGGGAUGGUAGAUAGUUUCUCAAAGAUUUUACAUUUAUUUGUUAAUAUAUUUGUGGAUAAAGAGACGAUUUUGCAUAUUUAUUACAAGUCAGUAAGAAGACGGCAAGAAAAAAAAUUUAGAAAAUUGUGUUUAAGAAGCUUUCUGAUCAUUUAUGGACAUGAGCAUCUGUCGAUUGUGAUCACUUUCAGCGUCAAUAUCGAUAUGCAGGUGAAAAAUGUGUUUAGUUUAAACACUUGCAGAAAGAAAUUUUAUGCUUUACGAACCGGAAUAUAUUUUAAUAAACUCGAGCGACAUAGUUUCUCGAAAUACGUAUCAGGGAGUCCAUAAGCUGUACGCGUUCAUAAUCACCGAAUAGAGUAAUUCGUUUGGCCGUAUCUCUCUGUAACUAUACGCUCGCAAUUGCGAACUUAAACGUUUCUUUAGAACAACAAACUUCACUUCCAAUUUUUUCUUAUCUCAUUUACUAAGUAAGUUCGUAAAUUGUAGCUAAAUCGGUCGGCGGACUCGCUUAAUACUACCAAGAAGGUGAAAUUUUUGGUUUAAUCCACUAAGGGGGUUCAAAAAAAUAUUUCUCCAACUGUCGAAGAAUAACCUAUAAAUAAGACGGUACUCAUGUGAUAUUUCACAUGUAACAAUAAGCUGCAGCUAAAUUACAUAAACAAAUGUUUAAAUUUCAACCUCAUGUGUAUACAUGUCGUAAAAACGAUUUUCAUUAUAUUUUCGUUUCCAAUCCAAGGCAUGCCUGGCUGUCAUGACCAUCCAACAUCGUGACCUUUAGAUUAGAUGCUCUGCUGCAGUGCUACUAUAUGUCCGAAUAAAUUUUGCCAUUUUGGAGUAGAUCACCUUUCAACUUCUACGAAGAUCUGUGGAGGACUCUUUUUAUAGCUGUCAGUCAAAACUAACAAUUCUUCGGAGUCUUUUUCCAUUGGUGAUAUCAGACCAAAUUUUGCAACAAUGCCAGUGCAAGUUAGGACCGGUAAUGAUAAUCAUAAAGCUUGAGACGAGUUCGUGCAGUAAGAAAGGCGCGCUUGAGACUAUACAUGGCGGAAUCAAUCAGUUCAUGUUAUAUUGUGAUCAAAAUGUUCUUACUAUAGGGAGCGAGGCUUAAACAAAUUCGUCCCGUUUUGAUAUUUAGGCAUAUUCUCAUAUCGCAUGCAGUUUCAACAAACAGACGGAAGAACAAAAGGAAAGGACUAAAUAGAUUUUGUUAUAUUAUUAGAGGAUGGGGUUAGCCCUCUUUCUACACUUCUUUCUACCUCGAGACUAUAAAGUAAAAAAAAAUAUAAAGCAAUUUUUAACAAAAUUCAAUUCAACUUUUAGGAAGUUUUUAACUGGUUUAUGUAUUAAAAGCAUAUUAUUUAUUUAAAAAAAAAAAAAAAAAAAGAAAAGAAAAAUUCAAAUAAAUGAAAAGACAAGAGUUUAAUGGAUAACGGUUUGCAAUGCAUUUGUAUCUGCAUUAAAAUUGAAAUAGAUUCAGUCAAUAAAAUUCUAUAGUGUGCAUAUCUACGAAAACCGUUAAUAUAUUUUGUAAUACAUGUGCUGAGAGUGCAACAUUGUUGAAGUUAUAUGGUUGUAUUAGUGUGUUAAUAUGAAUAAAAGUAUUGAAAACUUAUUGCAACAGAACAGUGGCGAAAUGUCUUCAGAACGACAAUCAUCGGAAGAUGUACAAGAGUCUACAACCACAGCUGACGAUGCUGCUAUAGAGGGUGAUGGCGACUUCACCGAUGAUAACAAUUUUGAAUCGAAUUUGCGACGUCGUAAAGGCAAAAUAAUAUCCUGUGCUAAGGAAACCAUCGAAAAUGCUUCUCGUCACUUUCGUCGUAAAGUUCCCUAUGCUGGGCAUUUGAUGACACCACGACGUUUAUGGCUUAAUAAAAUACCUACACAAUGUGAUGUAGUUAUUGAAUUUCCCGAAGAUGCACCUGAUGAGGCAUUACGUUGGCUAUUGACACGUAUUCGUUCGCAACCUUCUGCUGGUUUGGGCUUGGUUGUGCAAGUUAAAGCUCAUGAAAGUUCACGACGUAACGCAUUUUAUAUAACCGCUCCAACAAAUAUUUUAUUUAGAGCGGCAGAAGAGGCCCGUCUACCGAAACGUCUGCGACCCGAUUUGGGUGGUGCUUUACGUGAGUUUACCACACGCGAAAGUCACUGUUUUCAGCAAUUAAAAUCCGACGAGAGUAGCACCAAUUUAUUUACCUCGCAAGAACGUCAAUGGUUAGUAUUGCAGGUAUUGCAAGGUAUGAGAGCCAGCCCAACCGAUGUUGAAGCUUUACAGGGCCGCGCCGCCGUUGAUGAGGGACAAAGCAUUGUGGCUGCUUGGCAAGAAACUGGUUUAAUUACACAAAUUUUUCCUUUACAUGAAACCAAGACUUUAACCCAACUACAAAGGAGUUGGGUUAAGCAAAUAUUUGCACCUCAACCUUUGGACGAUAUUGCUGAAUAUUUUGGUGUUAAGGUUGCCUUGUAUUUUGCUUGGCUGGGACAUUACACUUCUGCCUUAGGCGUGCCAGCGGUUUUUGGUUCCAUAUUAUAUAUAAUCCUAUGGGGUAAAGGUCAAACGGCUCAGGAUAUGGGACAUGUCUUGUUUUCGCUGUUUAAUGUGGCUUGGGCUUCGCUCUAUUUGGAGGCUUGGAAACGUUACUCAGUGGAGUUGGCAUUUCGUUGGGGCACGUUAUCAACGCCACCCGAGCUUUUAGAACCUCCGCGACCACUAUAUAAGGGUUCCCUUGUUGAAAACAACGUAACUGGACGUUUGGAACCCAAAGAGGCACCGGCAUGGAAAAGACGAGCAUUUCGUUAUCUUGUUAGUUUUCCCAUAAUUGGUUUAUGUUUGUUACUUGUAUUCGUCGUAAUGUUUUUGAUGUUACGCUUUCAGGAUUGGCUGGAUAGCAAUAACAUACCUGAUAAAGGAAUUGGCCAAUGCAUAUAUAAUUUACACAAGGAUUGGUGGGACUCUAAGCUACCAGUGGAAGGUGUUGUUUGUUGUUUAAGUGUUAUUCCCAAAGUGUUAUUAGCCGGCGCGAUUACCCUAAUGGAUGAAGCUUAUUACAAGUUGGCUGUAUGGUUAAAUGAUAAAGAAAACUAUCGUUUACAGUCCAAAUACGAAAACCAUUUAAUAGCUAAAGUGGCUCUCUUCCAAUUCGUGAAUUCUUUUUUGUCAUUAUUUUAUAUAGCAUUCUAUCUUCGAGACGAAGAAAAACUAAAAGAGCAAUUAGCUGGUCUCCUAAUUUCCCGUCAGAUAAUAGGAAACUUGCGCGAGUCUGCAAUACCGUAUUUCGUCGAACAAUGGCGUUUAGCUAAACUCAGUUUUACCAUGUGGGGUGCUCUAAGUCCUACUCAAAGUGUAAAUCGGUCUAUAUUGGAUUCGGCUGAUCAUGCACCAAAUGGAAAUGGUGGUAAUAAUGCUGAGAAACCGGCACCGGAAACAGGAAGUGCUGCGUCCACACCCCAAACGGUUGGUACACCAUCAAAACAAAUGCCUAAAAAAUCAGUAGAUUCCAUUGCAUCAGUAUCAACACAAAUCUCUUCAAUAUCGAUAGCGUCCAGUAAACGUAAUAUUGGCCAAGCGGAAAUUGAAAGUUCGCUAUAUAAAUAUGACGGCACGUUUUCCGAUCAUUUGGAAAUGUUAGUGCAAAUGGGUUAUGUAGUUUUAUUUUCGGCUGCAUUUCCAUUGGCCGGUAUUUGUGCAUUGAUUAAUAAUCUAAUGGAAAUAAGGUCCGAUGCUUUCAAAUUGGCUCAUGUUCAUCAAAGGCCAUUCGGGCAACGUGUAGCUAACAUUGGUACCUGGCAAAAUGCAUUAAGUUUACUAUCAUUGGCUGCUGUCAUUGUUAAUUGCGCCUUAAUUGGUUUAUCCGGUCAAGUGUCACGUUUAUGGCCAGGCUUAACCACAGUACAAACCAUUAUACUAAUUGUCACUUUGGAGCAUAUCAUGUUGGCUUUGCGGUCAGCGCUUACUUGGCUAUUGCCUGAGUUACCAUCUUGGCUGGCAGCUGAAAUCGCCAGAGCUGAACAUUGUCGUCGUGAAAUGCAAUGCAAAGGUACUUCGCCACGUCCCACACCACCAACACCACCGAGUACUACGUCUACGCCUGCCGAACAUGAAUUGUCGACUUUAAAUAUGGAAGCAGUUAGAAGCGGUAAAGAUGUGAGAAGCACGGAAGCCGCAACUACCACAAGUGAGCAAACUCUGAACAGCCAAAUAUCCGUAGAUGUCUUGUACCAACAACAGGCAGGCCAUUUGACAAGUAAUUAUGAAUCCUAUUUAGAUGAUAUUUCUCGCUACGGUUUACGGCGUAAUGUCGAAACUGAGGAAAACGUGUUCGUGAGUCGUGAUUCAACACCGGAUUCCCCACCUUCCCAGACAAGUACGAUUUUGAUACGUCCCUUGCAUGAGUCUACACCACCUAAUAGUGGAGCCUCUUUAACGAGUCUUAAUCAGGAUUUAAGUCAUGGACUUAGUGGCGCAUGUAAAAGUUGUAAGCAGAAAAAGAAAAUACUGGAAAUUCCUCCAUUUCGUGGAUAUUCAUUUCGUAAUUUAAGCUCGAUACCAAAACAAAGAUUGCACGUUUUAACCGGCGGUUCGGCAAGCAGUACAAGUUCUUUGGCCUUAAAUGCCCGACAAAAUAUGCAUAUACCAGAUAUACCGCCAUUUCGGAAGAAAUCAAGCGAUUCAGCUGAACAUACUGGUAGCAGUGCUAGCAGUAGUCCUCAGCGUACCCGUCAACCGAUUUUUGCCUCUUCAUCACCUCCACUACCACUACUACCGCCAUCACCACCACCACCACCACCACAACCACCAUUAACGACAGCUACAACAACAAAAAUAUCGGAAAUACCACCUUUUAAACCACGCAAAAUCUCUGCCGAGAGUACUAUGCAUCUAAAUAUGAGCGAAAAAUAUCCACAAAAAACUCAUGCACCUGAAUGGAUGUCACGUUUAAAAGUCAGCGAUAACAUUAAUCUGCAUAGGAGCAUAGAUUGCAUAGCUAAGGAGCUUAAAAGCACUACAGACACAAUGGAUAUUUUGAAGCCGGCACCUUCUUGGAGUAACGUGACCAUGAAAGCACCACAACAAAUCACACAGCAACAGCAGCAACACACGUCUCCAUUAACAACGGCAGCAAUUGCACAACAAUCUCACACUUCGGCACAUAUAGCGCCCUCGUCAUCAUCCUCGUCAGGGGGUGGCGUCAGUGUAACGGGCGCGGUUAACAGAACCGAAAUUGCACGAGCUAGUGUAAGCAGUAUGCCCACUUCCUCAUCUAACUUUUUACAGCAGCAACAAUCUACGGAUAAAGAGCAGCCAUCAACCUCGCAACAACAACAACAACAACAAGUAAGCACAACAACAAAAUCAGGUAGCGGAAGUGCUACUACCCCAGGUGGAUGUACCGAUGAUGAAACAAAAGCGGCUGAACUGGCUGCUAAGAAAUCCCGCCUAAAACAAAAGCUAGUUAAAAGUGCCCGUUCCGUAGCAAUAUUUUCAUUAAAACUUAAAGAACGUCGGCAAAGGGAGGCAGAAAAAGCAGCUGCCAUUGCUGUAGAGCAUGCCAAGGCUUUAGCAAAAUUGCCACCAUUACCACAACCGGGCGGUGAAUUAUCUUUGAUACCCAUCGAACAAUUAAUAAAAAUUGAAGAUAUUAAACCACCCACUUUGAAAUCGCCACCUACAUCAUCAACAACAACAGCCACGUCAUUAGCUUCUUUGGCAUUAGUAACUACAGGUUCGAGUGCGGUAUCAUCAGCAAUUACAACAACAACGGCAACAGCUAGCACAACUUCCUCAGCAUUACUAGCGGCCGCAGCUGCACACUUACAACAGCAACAACAACAACAACAACAACAAUCGCAAUAUCAUCAUCAGCCCCAGCAUCUACAAAAUCAACAUCCGGCAUCAGGCAGCUUUUAAAACGCAUAGAAAGUAAAAAUGAAUUUAAAUAACCUCGAAUUCAUUCAAGCAUUGUAAAUAAUCCCCCAGCACAAGAGAGAAGGAUUCGUCGUAUAUUAUACAUACAUACGUACCAUACACAAGGGUUAAUUUCUAAAAUAUGAAAUAUUUUUAAUUCGAUUUACCGUCGAAGCACAAAUUUUUGAAGACUUUAAAAAAAAUCAAAUUUUUACUAAGUAAUAAUAGAUGAGAGUGCCCUCAGUGGUAGAUGUUUUCAAUAAAUAAUCCUCUUUAAAAUUAUAAAUGGUAUCGGGACGACCCAGGUCUUUUAUAAUAAUACAUUUCUAUGAGAAGCAAUAGAAGACGAUUAGUCUCAUCGACGAAACGGGAAGAACCAUAACAUCAACUUUUGUCGACAUAAAGUAUCUCAAUGAGUAAUAGAAUCUUCAAUCUUCUUCUACAAAACGACAGAUAUACGACAAACAAUAGUUAACUUUUACGAAAGUAAUUGACACUUACGGACCAGUAAAAGACGAAACUAUAGAAGCCAAUAAUCGAAACUACUAAGAAACGAGAAGAAAUGAGUGCGUGUGAUAAACAUUCCUCUGUGAAGAGAUGCAUGCCAAUGAUCGACAUGCAAUACAUUUCUGCGAAGCAAAUGAAUAUAAUGAUGUCCUUGUACGAAACAGCAAACCUGUUUAUUACCAUAAAGCAGUCGAAAACGAAAAACUUCCCUCUAAUCGGCUUUCCGCGGUCUCUUUUCUUUUCACCUAACUAAAGAAAGGAAAAAUGUAAUCGUCUUCUGUGAAACAUAAAAAGUCAAUGAUUGUCCGAAGAAAAUCGACGACCCCUUCUGCCUAACGAACGUUAUUUCUAUAAACGAAACAGAAAGAAUAAGUUUCCUUCGAGCAAUAGAUAGCGAUAUGAUAUCUGAUGAAAGAAAACUUAUUCUUGCUUCCUACUAACUAAUGUAUGCAAAUAUGUAAAAUAUUUGAAAGAAAAUAUAAUAUCAUUUUUGUCAAAGUACAUUUUAUACUUCAAAUCUAUUCAAUAUUUUUAUACUUUUGACUCGCAAACUUCUUUAAACUUCUUCAAAGUUCUUAAAAGUAAAAAGCAGUAUAAAAUUCACAGAAAAACAGGAGAAGAACUAAAAGCUAAAAAGAAAAA